GCCUUAUGCGUUCUCACCACCUAGGUUUCUUUGUGGCGUGCUCUGCUCACUGUAUUAUCCUAUUUCUCUUCUUUCUUUCUCUCGAAAACCCUCGCCUUAGUUUGAACAGAAAAAUAUUGAUGGCUUCUCAAUCGGCUAAUUUAUGGGUUUUGCUUGGGUUGGGAUUGGCCGGGAUUCUUUUCGUGACGAGGAGGCUGAAGAAAGCCAUUAGAGAAGACUACGGAGCUUUUGUCGAGAAGCUUCAACUUCUCCCGCCUCCUCAGCCCGCUCCUCCGAAGGCUCCUCACCCUCUCACCGGUCUCACCUUCGCCGUCUCCGACGUGUUUCAAAUUGAGGGACACGUUACUGGGUUUGGUCAUCCAGACUGGGUGAGGACACAUGAAGCAGCUUCUGGAACAUGCCCUGUUGUCUCCACUCUUGUUGAAGGAGGAGCUACUUGUGUUGGUAAAACUGUGGUCGAUGAAUUAGCCUAUGGUAUAAGUGGAGAGAAUAAGCAUUAUGACACCCCCACAAAUCCUGCAGUGCCUCAAAGAAUACCAGGCGGAUCUUCUAGUGGAGCUGCAGUGGCAGUAGCUGCUAAGCUUGUUGAUUUUUCAUUGGGUAUUGAUACUGUUGGCGGCGUCAGGGUACCAGCUGGAUUUUGUGGUGUUUUGGGAUUCCGACCAUCCCAUGGAGCUGUUUCUCACGUGGGAAUUAUACCUGUUUCAACAAGUCUUGACACUGUUGGAUGGUUUGCCAAUGAUCAUGCUGUUCUUCGUCGCGUUGGACAUGUGCUAUUGCAACUUCCAUACACUGUGCAACGUAGUCCUGGACAAAUCAUAAUAGCCGCUGAUUGCUUUCAAUUGGGAAGGAUUCCUUCUGACAGGAUUGUUCAAGCUGUGAUCAAAUCCUCUGAGAAAAUUUUUGGAAGACAAGUGUUAAAGCAUGAGAAUCUUGAGGCGUAUCUCAGUUCUAAAGUUCCAAGCUUGAAGGUGUUCCAGAUUAAAAAAACUAAUGGACAAGUGAACGUUUCAUCAAUCGGAUUACUUGCAAAGGUUAUGCAGUUUCUUCAAAAGCACGAGUUUAGACAUAACCAUGAGGAAUGGAUCAACAUGGUGAAGCCUGUUUUGGAUCCUGUUAUCUCAUCAGCAUUGCACGAGACGCUAGACAUAGAAGAUGAAGAAAUUGAAAGCUGUAAAUCAAUUAGGAAUGAGAUUCGUUCAGCUCUUAACUCUUUAUUGAAGGAUGAUGGGAUUCUGGUGAUACCAACCAUUGCAGAUCCUCCUCCAAAAGUGGGUGGGAAGGAGAUCCAAUCAGAGGAGUUCCAGAACCGUGCAUUUGCUCUAUUAAGUAUCGCUAGCAUGUCUGGUUGCUGUCAGGUCACUGUUCCUUUGGGGUCUGAUGACAAUUGUCCUGUUUCAGUCUCCUUAAUUGCACGGCAUGGGGCUGAUCGCUUUUUACUAGAUGCGCUGCAUUCCUUGUAUACGACUUUACGAGAGCAGACUGAUGUUGCUAAGUCCAAAGUAUCAAAAAAUAUUGUCAGCCGGGAACAAUCUGCAGAAAUUGCUAAGGAGAAGGGAAAUCAAGCGUAUAAAGAAAAACAGUGGCACAGAGCCAUCAGUUAUUAUACUGAAGCUAUUAAACUUUGUGGCGAUAAUGCAACAUAUUACAGUAACAGGGCUGCGGCAUAUCUGGAAGUUGGAAGUUUUCUUCAAGCCGAGGCAGAUUGUACCAAAGCUAUCAACCUGGAUAAAAAGAGUAUAAAAUCUUACUUGCGAAGAGGCACAGCAAGGGAGAUGCUUGGGUAUUACAAGGAGGCAAUUGAAGAUUUCAAGUACGCACUUGUUCUCGAGCCAACAAAUAAAAGAGCAGCCCUUUCUGCUGAAAAGUUAAGGAAGUUGUUUCAAUAGGCGAUUAAGCGUAAGACAGAUUCACGAACGUCAGCACGAUGGUUUUUAUUCUCCAAAAUGCUUGAAGAUUCCUCCGCUUGGAGACAACCAUUUAGAUGGUUGAAGACGCCAAUAUCAAGAGAACACUGCGGUUGAGAAGGGAAGUGGUUCAUUAUUGAAGUUGAUAGUCAUGUCCCUUGGAAUGUAUCUUACAGGUCCGAGAUAAGUAUUCAUUUGUCCAGCCGGACAUUGUUAAGCUUUACUAAUACACUGUCAAAUGCCAAGUUAUGGUCCAAUUUUGUUUUCUCCA